AUGGCAGACUCCAUUCUGCAGAAGAAGAGUGUGUGUGUUGUUACAGGUCCAACCAGAGGUCUAGGCAGAAGUAUAGCCUACCAAUUAUCUAAGAAACUGCCCGAUGGCUCUCUUUUCAUUCUUCUGUCUAAAAACAAAGCUCUUUUGGAUGAAAUCGCUGGUUUAAUUAUUACCCAUCGUGACGAAAUUCGCGUUGUAACUUCUGUAUUCGACCAGGGUUCGUCUGAUCAGGGCCAGUUUGACAAUGUAUUCCAAGACUGUCUGGUUAAAGCUGGCGCACACGUUAAUGAAUUUGAGCAGGCGAUUUUAGUGAAUAAUGCAGGAACGUUAGAGCUGUUAGAAUUGUCCAGAGAUCUUGAUAAUGUGAAUGCUGUAAAUGUUUUUUUCAGCACGAAUAUCACAGGCUGUGUUGUUUUAACGGCAAAGUUCCUUCAGGUCUUUAGUGCUACUGCUAUGAAAGCCAGGGUUAUUAUUAAUAUCUCGUCGCUUGCAGCGGUAUCACCAAUGAAAAGUUGGUUGCUUUAUUGUAUGGCCAAAUCAAGCCGAGAUAUGAUGAUGAAAGUUAUUGGGGAGGAGGAAGAUAACAUUAGGACUUUAAAUUACGCCCCUGGACCACUAGCUACAGACAUGAGUGUCAUUGCUAGCACCGAGACCAAGGACCCAUCGCUGAGGGCUUGGUUUGAAGAUCAAGUCAAGAACAAGACACUGGUGGAGUGUGAUCAGUCAGUAGAGAAACUCAUCACAGUUCUGGAAAAAAACUCAUUCGCAAAUGGAGCUCACAUUGAUUAUUAUGAUGAAGCUUGA